AUGGAUGACUUGAGAAGUGAAUUGGAUUUUUCUAUUGUUCGGAAGCUCGCAAUUGGUAUUGGGGAAGUUCGCACUAGCAUUGAUAUUGGUCUUACACAGGCACUGACAUUGGAAUCUUGCACUGGUGAUGUCAUUGGAAUCUUGCACUGGUGCUAUCAUUGGAAUUUUACAUUGGUACUGGCAUUGGGAUCUUGCAUUGAAUGGCCUGCUGCUGCUGCAUUUCACCAAAGCAUUGGGACUCCUCACUCUGUUGGGCAUGUUAAUAAUUCCGGACUGCAUCAAGAGCUUGCGAAAAGCUCAGUGAGAUUCGUUUCAAAGGGUUUUGAGAUUGAUAUUGGACUGUCAAAAAGAGGAUGCUACAGCUCUUCCCAGAGAAACCUUAGUGUAAUUCGAGCCUCGGCUUCCCAGGCUUCAGUGAUUGAUAUAGUCUCAUCCCCAUCACAUACCAAAUCCAAUGAUUCUCGGAAAAAAUCUAAUGAAGCAGCUUUGAUUUUGAUUAGGCAUGGCGAGUCAUUGUGGAACGAAAAGAACUUGUUCACAGGCUGUGUUGAUGUCCCUCUGAGCAAGAAGGGUGUAGAAGAGGCAAUUGAAGCUGGCAAGAGAAUCAGCAACAUACCUGUCGACAUGAUCUAUACAUCUGCACUGAUUCGUGCCCAGAUGACUGCCAUGCUUGCCAUGACACAGCACCGUCGUAAGAAGGUCCCAGUUAUAAUGCAUAAUGAGAGUGAACGAGCUAGGGCAUGGAGUCAGAUUUUCAGUGAAGACACAAUAAAGCAAACCAUUCCUGUCGUAGCAGAUUGGCGAUUGAAUGAAAGAAUGUAUGGGGAAUUACAGGGUCUUAAUAAGCAGGAAACAGCAGACAGAUAUGGGAAGGAACAAGUUCACGAGUGGCGUCGGAGUUAUGACAUUCCCCCUCCCAAUGGCGAGAGUUUGGAAAUGUGCGCUCAAAGAGCUGUUGCUUAUUUCAAGGAUCAAAUUGAACCCCAACUGUUGGCUGGGAAGAAUGUUAUGAUUGCUGCCCAUGGGAAUUCGCUGAGAUCCAUAAUCAUGUAUCUUGACAAACUGACUUCUCAAGAGGUUAUUAGUCUGGAACUAUCAACUGGAAUUCCUAUGCUUUACAUUUCCAAAGAGGGAAAAUUCAUCCGGAGGGGAAGUCCCGCGGGACCUGCUGAGGCUGGGGUUUAUGCCUACACUAAGAAUUUGGCUCUUUACAGGCAGAAGUUAGAUGAGAUGGUUCAUUAGUGUGCUACUUCCUAGCAUAGGUAACCCCAUAAGUAUUUUCUCAAGUAGGGAACCUACAUUAUGGGUUUUCUUAUGCUUCCGAGAUCUCAAGUAUGCUUCUGCACAUUCAUUUGCUUUCCCUCUGGGGGGCUUAUCUUUCGUCAGUCUUGUACCUGUCGCCUUAGCUCAAGGUUUUACGUGUAUAUGAAAUAGGUUGUUACGGGUCUCAAGCUCGCGGACCUGGCUACUUGUUUCUGUUGUGUAUGAAAUAGGUUGUUACGGGUCUCAAGCUCGCGGACCUGGCUACUUGUUUCUGUUUACUUUGUGUAUGUGUAGCAAGCAAAUUCAAUUCAGUUAAAGUUAAUGUCUUAGAUGAUAGUGAAAGUUGUUGUGUAUGUUAUUGUCUUCCCAGUUUGUAAUCGUCUUCCCUGGAUCCAUUUUAUUUGUUGGAUUAAUUCUUUAUUUUCAGUUUUUUUUUUUUUUAAUAAAAAUAUUUUAAAUAGAGGGACA